AUGGGGCACCUCUCUAAAGCAGUGCUGCUGUGCACAGCCCUCGCAGGACUGGCUUCUACAGCACUCGUUCCUCGCCAGUAUUCAAACGUAACUUAUCCAGGCCAAAAAGGUGACGACUAUGACUACACGGGCUUCGAACAGAACCAGACCAAGCGCGCCGAUGCCGUCAUCGAGAUGUUCCGCUUCGCCUGGAACGGAUACUAUUCCAUCGCGUUUCCCAACGACGACCUUCUCCCUGUGACUUCGAACUAUAGCAACAGCCGCAAUGGCUGGGGUGUCACCCCCGUCGAUGGUCUCGACACCGCUAUCAUUAUGGAACAGACCGACAUUGUGAACCAGAUUUUAGACUUCAUCCCCACGAUCGAUUUCACGAAGGUGGAUACUGCCGCGCGCCGAGGUGCCAGCCUAAGUGUCAGUCUCUUCGAGACGAACAUCCGUUAUGUCGGCGGUCUACUUGCCGCGUACGACUUGCUGAAGGGUCCCUUCGACCACCUAGACGUGGACGAGGACAAAGUCGAGGCGCUCCUCACGCAAUGCGUCACGCUCGCAGACACUCUCAAGUUCGCCUUCAACACCACGAGUGGCAUCCCCGUAAAUAACAUCUUCAUUAAUAAUGGCACAUUCGCCCCACGUUAUCGCAUGGCAGAUGGGACCUGGUCUGCUGGUCUCGCGGAACUAGGCUCUCUCGUCAUCGAAUGGCAGCGUCUCUCCGAUCUAAGCGGAAACCCAGAAUACGGCGACCUCGCCCAGAAAGCCAUGAACUACUUCCUGCAGCCCAGCACAGAAGUCUGGCCCGGCCUAACAGGCGGCAACUUCAGCGUAGAGACCGGCGAGAUCCUCGAUGCCUACGGCGGAUGGACAUCCGGCAAUGACUCCGCCUACGAAUACCUCAUCAAGAUGUACGUGUACGACCCAGAGAAAUACGCCCUCUACGGCGACCGCUUCACCGCAGCCGCAGACUCCACAAUCGCGCACCUUCUCUCCUCCCCCUCAACCCGGCCAGACCUUACCAUGGCCGGCUCCUUCGCCGGCCAAGCCGCCCAAAACUACUCCGAAGAACUCGCCUGCUUCAUCGGCGGCUCCUUCAUCCUGGGCUCCACGGCGCUGAACCGCCCAGAUUGGCUCGACUACGGCCUCGACUUCGCGGAGUUCUGCGCAAACGGCUACCGCUACGCGCCCGUCGGGAUUGGCCCCACGCUGUACUCCUGGAACUUAACCGAGCUCGCCUACCCGCGGUUCCAAAACCAGAGCGACUUCUACAACAAGAGCGGCUGGUUCAUAGACGACAACAACGCUUUUCCCAACGGGCAGGCGCCUGAGGCCGUGGAGAGCUGGUACUACGCGUACCAGGUCACGGGGAAUCAAUACUGGCGGGACGUAGCGUGGGCGUAUACCCUCGCGGAGAACAAAACCGAGCGCGUGGGCCAGGGGUUCAGCGGCGUGCUGAAUAUCUUCGAGGAGGACGGCGGGGGGUGGGAUAAUAUCAUGCAUAGUUUUACGCUGGCGGAGGUGCUCAAGUAUCAGUAUUUGAUCCAGGCGCCGGAGGACAGGAAGGGGAUCUGGGAUGUGGAGUAUGCGGAGGAUGGGGUGGGGAAGGGUGGAAAUGUUAAUUACUUUGUGUAUAAUACGGAGGCGCAUCCGAUGCGGGUGACGGCGAAGACGCCGAUAUGA